AAGAGAGUGACAGAGUAGUUUUCGUCCAAGUUGGGAUGCUACAUUCCAAAGAUGUGUUUGGUUUGCCGAUGCUAUGUCGGGAAAACGGUAUCAGUGAUGUAGAUCAGCCGAGUUUGAGUCUGGUGAGCCGUGGAGCAGAGUGCAUCAUGCUGAACAAGAUGUUCUACCUGGAGCAAGCCAGCGAGUUCGUCUACCGUCACCUCAAAGAGAUCGUCCGCCCUUACCCUCUGGGCCAAACCCUGCAGGAGCAUCUACAACUCCAUACCGACUGGUCCUACUACAAGAAGCAGGCCGUUUCGGACGUCCUCUCAAAGUCGACAUCGUCGUCGUCUUUGUCGACGUCAGGCACGUCAACACACGACGUCAGUGGUUUAUCAUCGAGGAGGAAGUCGGUAGAUUCAUCGAAUCUGGCUUUUAAGCCGAGGAGAAGAGAUUUACAAGUGGACUUGAAGAAAGGUUUUCCUACCUAGUUAUUCUGGAUAACGGCUGCCUUAGUCAAACUAUAACAAAUUUGCUACCAGCCGAUGAUUACUUUGGUACAUAAAAACAGAGAAACAGAGAUAGAUGUAUAAGCGUGGGAGAAAU